CAUGUGUACAUAAUCCGGCUGUCCCGGUUGUAAACAGGCCGUUUUCGCAAUCUGGGCAGAACAUAGUUGCUCCACGGUUCUGUCCACAUGGAGUGAACAGUGAAGAUCUCCUAAUUGACAUGGCAAAUAACGAUGAUUCGUCGGAUGGUCCAAUGAAAAAGAAGAAGAAGAAAUUAUUUUCCCACAAGGGUAAUCUACUAGACGAACCCGUUAGCUUUGAUUUUAAUGUGAACAAUGACAGUAUGUCUUUAAAUAUAAAGUUUAAAAGAAAUCCUGAUUUGGAUGCUAACAAUAAUAAUGAAGAUAAAAUAAAGCCAAAAAAAAAGGCCACUCGCCCAGUUCCAUUUACAGACGAACCAAGUUUCGAUAGCAGCGUGGAAAUUGUAAAAGAAAAAAAGAAAAAGAAGAAAAAAAAGAGAAGUAAUGAGAUAACCCAUGCUAAUGAGGCAACACAUAAGAAAAAGAAAAAAUUAUUUUCUUAUAAAAAUGAAGUAUUUGACACAGAUGAUAGUGAUGUAAAGCCAAUACUAAAUAAUGCAUCGGGUUCAUUGGACCAGCAAUCUACUUACGAUGACACUGCUUCAACAUCGCUUGAACUAGAGGAAAGAAAAAAAAAGAAAAAGAAGAAGAAGGAGAAAUGUGUUGAUGCUCUGCAGGAUGAUAAGCAUAAUGACACUGAACUUUCAAAAAAAGAAAAAAAGAAAAAAAGGUCAACGUCUGAACUGGAUGAGAUACAGUUACAGAAUCGGAACGAAGUUGAUUUUGAAAGCAGUAUUAAAAUAGAAGAAGAUAUUCCUAUGGAUAAAAAAAUUGAGGAAAACAUUUCUAUUGAUAGCAGUAAAAAAGAGAAAAAGAAGAAGAAGAAGAAGAGAAAAAAGACUAAAGAGAGUUGGGGUGAAACUACAAAGGAUCAAAUAGCUGAAGGGGAUGAUGCGAAUGACACUACAGAAAGUGCAGUUUUUCUUAUUAAGAAAGAAGAAGGAGAUGAUGAGACUCAUGUUAAGAAAACUAAAAAGCGUUCAAAAAAGAAGAAACAUAAAGAGAGUUAUGAAACAAAGGAAUCCUCUGUAGAAGUUGACGUGACGAACGAGUCAAGAAAGAGACGUAGUAGUGUGAUUUAUGAGAAAAGUGAUGCUGAUGAAGACCACGACAUUGAUGAUGAAUUGGUUAACGUUAAGAAAGAAGAUCCUGAAGGAAAUAACGCCGAGAUGGAAGAAAAAAUGGAUCACUUAAAGAAGAAGAAGAAAAAGAGAAAGAAAAAACAGUUUGAUGAUAAAGAAGAUGAAUUGACAUGCGAUGAAGUGAACAAGAAGAAGAAGAAGAAGAAAAAAAUAGAAGUUACUCCAGAAGAAGUCCCUUUAUGUGAUACUGUUUCGUCGACUACUGUGUCAUUGCCUACUGAUGAUCUAGAAAUAACUUUCAACCCUUCCACAUUUUUUCAAUCCACACCAAGUUUACGAAGUAUACCAAAAACACAGUUAGUUAGCAAUCAAAACGAUUUAUCCGCAUCCGAUAAAGAAACUUUCGCAGAGACUGCUUCUGAAUCUUAUUCCGCACCAAGUGCGCAAACCAUCAAAAUAACAGGAUCGGGUGCACCUGUAGUUUCACGUCUCUCUAAAACGAAUUCACCAACUUUGAAAGAAGAAUCAGUAGCGAAUUCUAAAGCAAGUGAAGAAUCAGUUAGUAAAUCAACGCCCGUAUCAAAUUCAAAAUCGCUUGGCCAAAUCACACAGAAAACGAAAUUGAAGGACUUGUCGAUGAAAAAACAGGUUAAAGAAAACGAGGUGAUUGAUUUAACUGGUGAUGUAUCACGCUUCAAACAGUCGUAUGUGAAACAGGCUAAGUUUUUUAACAAUUCCCUGCAAAAACAUGACCUUCUUAUGAACCAUAAAGUCACUCGAAAGCAGUUGGAAGAAGCGGGCGUUAAGUGUAAUUUCGGGGCGUGGACAAAGGAGGAACUCGAUAUAUUAAACGAAAACAUGAAACGAUUUGUGAAGAAUUAUAACAUUAGGGACUUGAAGGAUUAUUUUGAACAUGCAAAAGGCGAAGACAGUCGUGAGAUGAUGUGCGAAUUAGCCGAAAACAUUAAUAGACCCGUCCUCCGGAUUCGGUUAAAGGUUAAGGAUUUGCUCGGUGAGAAGCCAGAUAGAGUUGUGUUUACGAAAACACAAGUGCAGAAGUUAAUACAGCUUCAAAAAACUCACGGUAGUAACUGGACGUUGAUCAGUGAGAAAAUGGGCAUCCCUUCACUCUCACUUAAAAGCAAAUUCAGCAAACUGAAAGGUGUGAUAAACGUUGACGGAGAAGCGAUUCCAAAAGAACUUUCUUUCAAUGACAAGCAUGCUCGAUUUAGUGAAAAAGAGGAUGAAAUGAUUUUGAGGGCGGUAAAUAAAUUGGCCAAGGAUGAGAAUGGAGAUGUGGAUAGAGAAAAAAUUAAUUGGGUUCUUGUUUCACAACAUGUUGGGACCAGGACUUCAGGUGCAUGUCGCCAACGUUACCUCAAUUAUUUGUGUAAGAAAUACGACAGCAGUUGUUUGGUGCGACACACGCAGAUGUCAAAAAUAGAAGGAAGAAAAUUUUCCGAGAAUCGUAGUGCAUUUUUUUCGAAAGUUGUAGAUCUUUUGUACUCUAGUAAUAUUACGCAGAAGGUUGAUAUAAAUUGGAGUGAAGUUGCGAAGAAAACCAACAGUGAUGUUGAUCCUGUGGUUCUGAGGAAAAAGUUUUUUAAUCGCGUAGCACAACGCGUACCAAUGCAUGGACAAAAAUCGUUUGAUCAAAUAUUAGAAUUUCUAAAGCUCGAUAGAAAAUUUUAGGUUUUAAUAUUGUUUUAAUUUUUAGAAAAUAUAGACUUCACUGCCGUAAGAAGCCCUACCCCCCGUUUUAUCGUACAAACUGUUGCACUGAUUUUAUUGAAUUUUGCAUUUUCCGACAAUUCAAAGGGUGCUAAUUUUUAAGACCCCCUCCCCUUAGAAAAUAAAUCAGCCUUCUACGGCACUGAUGGAUUUUACGAUGUGUAUAUAAUUAGAUAUAACUAGUCGUUAGCCCGUGGAAAAUCCACGGGUUCACCCGUCGCAGCUAAGCUACCAUUUUGCUUGACAGACAUAUACAGACGUAUACGGGCAUUAUAAUAUAGAUUCGUUGUGUUUACAUCCUGAUAAAAUAUUACAUAGUCAGGAGACAUCUGAAAAGGUAAAAAGAACGUUUUCAACAUUUUUUUAACGAUAAAUAACCGAAGUGAAACAGAGUUAUAAACGUUCUCUGGCUUUUCUCCUAAGCUUAACAUUUUCAGUAGGAUCAGUUUUUUAUUCUUAAAAAUAAGUUGUGUGGCUUUGCAUUUAUUAUUGCUUGUUUUUUUGUCGCGAAAAAAUAAAUAUGUAUGUAAAUAUAUCUAACCCAUCUCGGCAGUGGAAAUAACAUUUUCAUUUUUUUGUCACUGUGAUUGAAAAGAGUGAAAGGCUACAUAACCUUAGAA